AUGUCCCUAUCAUGGCCGCCCCCAAACAGUCAGAAACCACCAGAUGAUGAGCCUCUCCUACAUUCUCUACACAGAGAUACUUUGAAUAAUCUGCUCCGCGCCCCCUCCAGACCACACACGCCGAGUUCGUUCAAAUUGCGCAGUCUGGGGAGUAGUUCCCAGUCCGGCCAAGCUGCGGAGCCAGAGCCCAGUAUCGAGGAAGACCCCCAGGUUGUCCGGUUUCGCGCACUCUUCCACGAUGCCGAGAGCAAACUUGCAACACUGUUCAACGAUGUCGGACAAGUCGUGAUUCCUCAAAGGCGCACUCUUGCUGCCGCUCCUCCCCAAGAAUCCGCGCCCGACGCCGCUGCGCCGUCCGCUCCGCCCCCUGCUCCUAUAUCCAAAAAGCGCAAGUUGGAAGACGACGACUACGACGAUUAUGACGACGAUGACGAUGACGAGCAAGCUGACGCCGACGCGGCGAACGCGUCUUCCGCCAAGGAAACCCCAAAUAAAGUGCAUAUCGUCGCUGACGCUACCUCGUCGCCGACCCCAAGGCCCGCCCCGCCCCCAAGCAUUCCCUCCGACUCGGCAAAGGCGGUCAUCAAGGCGGGACAAAACAAACAGAAGGAGGAUGCCGAGGAUGCUCGCAAGAAGCUGGAAGAGGCCAAGCGCAAGGAAAUUGAGACUGUCAAAACCUUGUCGCGGACAAUGUUCUUCACGUUGGAGAAUGACAGAGACGCCAUGUUGGAUCAGCAACGCCUCGAUGAGGCAGAGCGCCGAGCCGAAGCGGAAGCUGAAGGUCAUGCUAAUCGACAAAAUGCUGCAAUGCAGCAAGGUAGUUUGAGCAAGGCCAAUCUUGGCGCAUCGAGUCUGACGCUCAAGAACCUUAUUGCGCGCUUGGAUGAACAUCGCAACCUCGUCCAUGCAACUGAGUCGGAGCUUCGCGCUCUGAUGAGCGAGGUGCGCAAGAAUCGAAGCAAAUGGGCCAGCGAGGACAAGGUCGGCCAAGAAGAACUGUACGAGGCAGCGGAGAAAGUCUUGACUGAGUUGAAAGCCCACACAGAGCACUCGACUCCUUUCCUCAACCCCGUCAAGAAGAAGGAUGCUCCCGACUACUAUCUUGUCAUCAAGCAUCCCAUGGAUCUCGGUACCAUGACCAAGAAACUUAAGCAAUUUGCUUACAAGUCCAAGAAGGAGUUCGUCGAUGAUCUCAAUCAGAUUUGGAAGAACUGCCUCAAGUUCAACAGCAACCCUGACCAUCUCUUCCGAAAGCACGCUCUCUUCAUGCAGAAAGAGACGGACAAGCUUGUGCCUCUGAUUCCAGAUAUCGUUAUAAGAGAUCGUGCCGAAGUUGAGGCUGAAGAAAGACGGCAACAGGGUGAACUCGACGACGGCGCUGAAGAAAGCGACGAUGAGCCGAUAAUGUCGUCCCGAGGCCGUAAAGCUCCCAAGAAAAGUGCAAAGAAAGGGGGCGCAGCAGCCCGUAAAGCCCCGCCUGAAACGACCCCCAUCCCAGAGACCAAGCCUGUGUUGCAAUCACUGAGCUCCGUCCAAAAUGGCAUCCGGGCAGAAUCUGAGGUGGACGGGAGUCAAGGUCACUCGACGCCCCCACCAGGAGUUCUGACCCCAGUGGGCGCGCCUGGCCCUGGCAGUGUUGCAGGGGCCGGAAGUGAAGCAAUGGAUUUGGAUUUACCUCAAUUGCCUUCACAAGCGCCGAUCCCUGAAUAUGAAGAUGAGGAAUAUAAACUGUGGAAGCAGAAGACGAAAAAGGAUCGUGCAAUGCUCGCGGCCGCGCGGCACAAGCUCUUCCGCGGAGACAAAUUGAAUGCCGAGGAGACGGCGUUACUGCGUAGUAAAGCCGGUAUGCGCAGGUGGCAACGUAUGCAACAAGAAGCUGCAGGCAAAGACGUUGCAGAGCUCGGGACAGAGACAUCUGAACGGGACAACAGAGUUGAGAUCCAUGGUCAGACUCUCGCUGAGGGAAUGGAAGUCGAGGAGGAGAAUAUGCUACCUGACUAUUACGAUUCGCUCGCUGCCAUACCCGACAUCGACCCCCGAUUGAAAUGGGAACAAGACUCUGAAGGACAUGUCAUCGAACAUGCUGAGGAGUUCCUCCGGCUGUACCCUGCGGGUCAAUUUGUCGCGCCACGAGGCAAGCUGGCAAAAACGAUCGAGGCCAACAUGCGACAAAUGCAAGACACGAGGAAGGUGGUUUCGAAGAUCAGCGUGGUCAAGCAGAUGCAACUCCAGUCGCAGACCUAUCAAAACCAGUUCCAGAAGUACCAACCAGAGCCUUUUGUUGAGGCAGACAUCCCCAACCAUGUCAUGUCAGAUGAUGGGCCUGUCAUGGCUCCGUGGGUCUGCAAGGCAGCCUUCCAAAGGUCAAUAGGGGAAAUCUUCUUCCACGCAGGGUUUGAGGAGUUCCAACCUUCGGCGAUAGAUGCGGUGACAGAUCUGGCGGCAGACUUUUUUCAGCGGCUAUGCACGACAUUGGUGAACUACAGAGAAGACUACAAGAUUCCCGUGCCGACCACAGUUGCCGUUGUUCAGGGCGAGAAACCGCAAGUGGAGUACAAGUCGCCGUAUACGACGGAAGAGGCGAUUCUCCACGCUCUCCACACCGGUGGCAUGUCACUCAAUGACCUCGACGUGUACGCCCGAGAAGAUGUCGAUCGUGCGGCCAGUAAACUUACCAUGAUGCAUGAGCGGAUGAAAGGACAUCUCGCCGACCUCCUUCGACCAGCUUUGACCGACGAAACUGCUCACGGACAAGGGUCCUUUGCCGACGGUGGAGAGCAGUACGUGGGUGGAGACUUUGCUGGCGACCUCGAUGAAGACUUCUUCGGCUUCCGCGAAUUAGGUCUUGACAAGGAGUUCGGAAUGGCCAGUCUGACGGUACCAUUCCAUAUUCUGCAGAACCGUCUCGGCCUCAGCAAUCAACAAGAUAAUUCGGCAGAUUUGGCGGAGAAGAUGUUCGUCGAACCACCGCGCUGGCCCAAGAUCAGUGCGGAUAAUCUGGAGGAUCAGAUUGGUCUGAUCAGAGAUUGGUUCAAGAAACGCUUGCGUGAUAACGGCGAUCGUCCCCUCACAGAAGAUCUGGAACUGCCGCCGAAGCAAAGGCCCGGCCACGGAAGGCCGAGAAUUCCCGCUUCAGGGAAGAUUGGGGAGGGAACGCUCAAGACUAACGCCAGUCCCCAGAAAAAGGCUGCAGCUAACAAAAGCGCUGCGAACGCUGCGAAAGUUGCUGCAGCUGCGGUGGGAAGCACCACGCCGGGAGACAAAGGCAAGAGGAAAUCGGUUGUCGCCAACGGCGUGGGUGACGAUAGUCCGAUGGUCAAUGGCGUGGGAAAUGCUACUCCGUCAACGCCAGGUCCUGGUGGGGAUGGCAGUCCUGAGAAGAAACAGAAACCUGUGCUGAAAGCAAAGCCUUCUACGACCGAAGUCCAAAAGGCCUCGGGCAAUGACAAGAAUCACGACGACAACGGACUGCCCCCAGCUGUGGAGGCUUUGGAUAUGAUGGAGGGCGUCAAUGGAGAGAUGCCGCAAGUGAAUGGCGUUGAAAAAGUGAACGGAGUGAUUGGAGACGGGGACGCAAGCAUGAUGAGCCCUGAAAGCUUAUGA